AUGCUGAUGUGUUGCAGACAGAGGGGCAUGGUGCCGGUAGUCGGCAGUGAUGCUGGCGCCGCACUUCAUAGCGGUAAUGAGCCAGACAUUGCUGUAGGGGGCGGCCAGCAAAGGGCUGAUGAAAACAAGCACUUUCCUGAGGAUAGCCUUAUUCUCUGCGAUAGAAGUGCUUCUGCACAUCGAAAUAGCGGGUGCAGCUGUCAAACAAAAGAAGAAGAUUGUGCAUCUGAAUGUCCAGAAGAGCAACAUCGAAACUACAUCACUGCUCAAGGAACAAGCAGCAGUUCUGUCCCACCUCCUCUCAGCAUGCAGGCAGAUUCUGUGCAACGAGGCAGCAUGCGUCGGCCGAAUGUUUCCUAUGCAUCAGCAGCAGUUCGAUCUAACUUGACGCAGCGAACGAUGUCAGCGGAGGAGCUUCCAUCAACAAGCAGUAUAAAUAACACUGAAUCGAAAGAAGUAAUUGCUGUGGCAUCUACAUCCCAUGCACGGCAGAAGCUGUCAAAGCAAAUGACGGUGGAUGAGACGUGUUCUCCCAUUUUCAUAGGAGCACCCGAUGAGGAUUACCUUCAACCUGCAACCAAUACAUCUGUCCAAAUUCAAACGAGUAUCGCCACGAACAAAGAGUCUCGAGAGGGAAAUCAUCGCCCAUCUUCUGUGGACGUACUGCGGAAAUGUAGUCCGUCCUCAAGCUCUCAUGAGCGCCCUCAAUCCGUUGGUAUAGUGAUUACAUCAACAACUGUACCAAAGUCAUGGAAGUCUCAAGUGCCAGCGGCAAGAAGCUAUGGGGUUCAGGAAGCUAUAGUGAAUAGAAGAAAGUUGUUAAAAAGUAAUACAUUGACUCAACAGAUGCCGGUCCAUAUGCCAGAAGAGUCUGAUUGUUUUGUGCCGGUUCCAUCAUCUAACCACAGGACAACAAGCGGGUUCGGGCCAGUGGUACGAACGCAACCGAUUUCCGUGAACAUACCUGACGAGAGCGACGAAUUAAGACCUGUCCGCGAACUUUUACCAGAGCGAAUGCCAGGAGUCCCAACCGUUGUACGCGUAGAAAAGCAUCCAUAUGCUGGUACCGUCCCAUCGCGAGCACGACAACUCGUACGCAGUUUGGCGAUGUGUGGGGAUGAUGACACCCGGCUGCGACCACCUCCACCCUCCAUGGUGAACUCGUAUGCCUCUGUAUCUGGGGUGGGUGUGCCACCGAGAUUUCACAGAAAUUCGUCUUCACUUAGCAGAGAGUCGUCGUACACUGACUACACAUCUGAUCUCACUGAAAUGGAGCUUCGUGCAUUCAUUGCAGCAACACUGCAUAAAAAUGCGAGGGAUCGUGCUAUGAUUCUGGAAUUGGAGCAACUUUUUACAGACUUUCUCAAUGAUUUUGGAGAGCAGUCCCUUAAACUGCCUCCAGUUUCGUCCUACAAUCGUAUGCUGAUACAUCGAGUAGCCGUGCUGUUUGGUCUUGAUCACAAUGUCGACAACAGCGGGAAAUGUGUGGUGGUAUCCAAAACAUCCAGAACAAAACCACCUGAUUUCGUGUUCGCUAGCUUGAUCCAAAGCAAUAUUUACACUGAUAAUAGGAGAUUCUGUCCUAAUCUUGUGAACUAUGCGGAGAUGGGUGCUGGAGAUACAAUGCAGCGAAAGACUCAAUCGUUCGAAACUGGUUACCUCUAUCCAAGUGCUGAUCCGGAUCUAAUGAAUCCGUCCCAUCAAUGGCCACAUUCUAAUAACCGAUCAUUCGAGAAACAACAUCAUUACUCAUACCAGAUGGCAACGAUGGAUCAUGGCACGAUGAUGAGAAAGGCUGGCAGCUUCAGCGGCGUUCCUGCUAUUUAUCGGUCUGGUAGCGGUUCUUUCGAAAAUUUUGAUCGAUCUCAGAUGAAACUCGCGCAAACUCAGUCAUUAGCAUCUUCAACUCAUUUAUCACCUCGUGAACCUAUUGACGAGACCGUCGAACGAUUUAACAAUGCAAGUUUGUCGGAUCGUGCCAGUCAAGUCAGCUAUAGAUCAUCAGGCUCAAAUCCACCUUCUCAUCCGCAAAUCUAUCAACAAUACCCACAAGUUGUGCAGUACCCAGCUAAUGAAGAAAUGAUGUACCCGCCAUACCAACAACAAAUGUACACGCAGUCGAAUACGAUGAUGACACCUUCGUCGGUCGAUAUAUACUCGCCCCAACCGACUAUCGUAAUGCCUAUGCAACAAAAUCCACCUAUGCAGCAACCAGUUUCUGUUAUGCACUGUCAAUCUCAGGAACCACUCGCUCCGAUGCCUCAGGCUUCGCUGGAACAACAUGCUCAGAUAAUUCCUGCACAAACCGAGUAUGUUCAGUUCCCCGCUCAACAGUAUCCUGCUCAACAAUACCCUGCUCAAGUUAUAAAUUGCGUCCCGCAGCAGUAUCAACCAGUCGUUCAUCCUCCCUAUCAAACGCAGUAUCAACAAGUCAUCUACCCUCAACAAGUAGUGCAGCAGCCAAUGGUACAGCCUCAACAGUAUCCAACAGGAUUUGUACAAGCGCCAGUUCAUCAGGGAUACCAGCCAGCUCUUGUGCAAGCUCCUAUUCAUCAGCAGUAUAUGCCAACGCCACAACCUGUGGUACAUGUGCAAUCGCCAGUCUACCAACAACCUCAAAUGAGGUCGCAAUAUCCCGUCACUAUCCCGAUGGCUGCACCACAUCAGUACGUGGAAGUUCCAAAAGGAGAACAACAGCAGACUGUGUCUUAUCAGCCGGUUAUUUACGGGCAAUGGUAUCAGACAACUGGAGAACAAUACUCGGAAAAUGUCGGAGAAUCAGAAAACGUAAACAGUACCGAUGAUACGGAACGUACGGAUACACAGGUCACAUGCGCUCCUCAUCCAAUAUCUGUCCAGUCUCAUAUGGGAAAAACCGUAUUAGCUCCUCUUUCGGUGUUAGUCAAUCCGGAACCGAUGUAUCACUAUUCGCAGACGUCACCAGUGAUGUCAUCAAUGCAACAACAACAAAUGUUACAAAUUCAGUGCCAUUCGCGGCCACUGCUAUAUAAGCCUAGCAACCAGUACACGGGACAACAAUCCAGUGUUGAUGGCGGGUACUGCAGCAUGACUCAAGAAUCUCUUCGUGAAAGUGAUAUAGUGGCGGCUGAUGCUCAAUAA